GAGAAAUGCAAUUUUUUUUUUGAGGUAAUGAGAGCAUUUCAACGAAACAGGAUAGAAAAUGCAUCCACUGGUCUUAAUUUGGAUGUUGGAUCCGAUUCAAAUAAAGUUAUUUUCGUUGGAAACAGUAUACCAGAGGAUAGCGCUGAGAAAACGAAUUUGAAAUAUUUUCUCUUGAAACAUGUUGUUGAUGUCAAAGAUGAGUUAUACUAUCGUUGGCUUGGCAUCGUCUCAUGUGCUUUUGCAUAUAAUCUUGUCGUCGUAAUUGUUUUUGUUUUUUUUUGCUUUUCUAGCAUUAAUAUUCUAGCACAAACACCUUAUUUCUACCAUAUCGACUUCUUCUUUCGAAGCAAAACUGUUAUUAUAUUAAAUAUUUGGGUUUUUAAAGGUUUUCUCGAGCAAGGCCUUUUGGUGCAAGAUAUUCCAAAGAUUAGGAAGUUAUAUUUUAAAUCUAACCAGUUCAAGAUGGAUUUAAUCAGCAUUGCACCUCUGGAUCAUAUUGUUUCUAUCAUAUCAUUAAGGCCUUUUCCAAUUUUACGUUUCAAUCGAAUAAUUCGCUAUCCAAGAUUUGCAGAUUUUAUUGAACGCACAGAAACGAGAAGCAAAGCACCUAAUGCAUUUCGAGUUCUUUGCGUGGUUCUUAACAUUAUUAUUAUUAUCCAUUGGAAUGCGUGUAUCUAUUUUUGUAUUAGCGAGAUGAUUGGAAUUGGCAGUGAUGGUUGGGUUUAUGGACCACUUAACAAACAAAGCUUACCUGACGGUGUAGAAGAUACAUUGUUACGACGAUAUGUAUACAGCUUUUAUUGGUCAACACUGAUAUUAACAACUAUUGGUGAGGUACCAGGGCCAGUUAGGAAUAUUGAAUUCGUUUUCGUGAUUUUGGACCUUAUGUGUGGUGUACUUAUUUUUGCAACUAUCGUGGGUAACGUUGGAAGCAUGAUUUCAAAUAUGAGUGCAGCAAGAACAGAAUUUCAAAAUAAAAUGGAUGCCAUAAAACAAUAUAUGUUACUGCGAAAAGUUGAUAAACAGUUAGAAUCACGAGUUAUUAAAUGGUUCGAUUAUUUAUGGGCUAAUAAACAAUCGCUGAGCGAUCAACAAGUAUUGAAAGUUCUUCCUGAUAAAUUACAAGCAGAAAUUGCGAUGAAGGUUCAUUUCGAAACGUUGAGGAAAGUGCGAAUAUUUCAGGAUUGCGAAGCCGGCCUUCUUGUUGAGUUAGUACUGAAACUAAAACAACAGGUAUUCUCACCCGGUGACUAUAUAUGUCGUAAAGGUGAUAUUGGACGUGAAAUGUAUAUCGUAAAAAGAGGCAAACUGCAAGUAGUAGCUGACGAUGGAAUAAAGGUAUUCGUAACACUGCAAGAAGGCGCUGUAUUCGGUGAACUUAGUAUCUUAAAUAUUGCAGGCAGUAAAAAUGGCAAUAGAAGAACUGCUAAUGUCAGAUCGGUCGGAUAUACAGAUUUAUUUGCGCUUAGUAAAAAUGAUCUAUGGGAUGCACUAAAGGAGUAUCCAGAUGCCAGAAAACUAUUAAUUGCUAAGGGUAGAGAAAUACUUCGAAAAGAUGGGUUAUUGGACGAAAAUGCACCUGAAGAACAAACGACCGUCGAAGAAUUGGCUCAAAACUUGCAAAUAGCUUUGAAAAACAUGCAGACAAGAAUGGCACGAUUCGUAGCAGAAUUCACGAGCACGAAAUCAAAAUUAUUGAAAAGGAUUGAAUAUUUGGAAUUAGAAAUGAAUAAGUACGAUGGGUUGGAUGAUCAAACUGAAUCCCACUAUUAA